UUUUUUUUUUUCCACGAGCGCUGCCGCCAUGUUUAGUUGAGGCAGAAUGACAGCGAGACAGCGGAGGAGAAACACGGACUAAUUCCGAAUAAAUGACAAAGGAACCCUGCUUAUAAAGGGCAUGGCACGUAGCUAUCGAGAUUUACAAAACAACUGGGCGAUGCGUGUUUUUUUUGUGUCCCUCCCAAAGUAAACUGGAAGGAUUUAAAGCCAAGUGCGAUUUCCUGGAUGUGCUGUGUGUGUGUAUAUUUCGUUUUCCUAUGGCGUAGGCACUUUUUUUAAGGCAGUAUUUUUGUUUUUUUGGGACAGAAGGGAGAUCUUUUAAUAAAAGAAGAGCAUUAUUUUGUACAUUUUUUUUAUAAAGCGGUUUUCUUAAUAAAAAAGCGCCAAAUGUGUAAUACAUGAACACACUCCGAGUAAACGUUUAGCUACCUCUUCGUAUUUCGUCCUCAAGAGUGAAGGAGUAGCCAGACCGGCAGCAACUUGUUUUUAUGACCAACUGAUAAUUCAAGUACUUGAUCAAGGGUUUUUCAGACCUUUAACCAAGGAAACACUGCGGUUUUUUUUCUGGAAGGUCACGCUGAAAAGGGAUAAGUCGACGCAAAAAUGACGAACAGUAUUCCAAGCGACAUGAUUAACCUGAGGCUUAUCCUAGUGAGCGGCAAGACAAAAGAGUUUCUCUUCUCCCCCAAUGACUCAGCUGCAGACAUUGCCAAGCAUGUGUACGACAACUGGCCGAUGGACUGGGAGGAGGAACAGGUGAGCAGUCCCAACAUUCUGAGGCUCAUCUAUCAAGGCAGGUUUCUGCACGGCAACGUGACGCUAGGAGCACUGAAACUCCCUCUUGGCAAGGCAACUGUGAUGCAUUUGGUCGCUAGGGAGACAUUGCCGGAGCCUAAUUCCCAAGGUCAGCGAAACCGUGAGAAGACUGGCGAGAGCAACUGCUGUGUGAUCCUGUAGAAUGGCCAGAAGGCUCCCAAACACCGGCGUGUAAUAUAGUCUUUGUCUUUCAUGCUGCUGAAAUACACUGACAAACACACUCAGAACAUAGCUUGGAGGACCAAUGGGCUCUUUAUAAGAAAAUAACUAAUUAAUUAACAAUAAAUAUUACAACGGAAGUGGGAGAAAUGUCACUAGAUGGAACUUGAUCAAUCACACUAGUUCUUUUGUGUUGCACUUCAGUCUUGGGUUCUUUCUGCUGCAUCUUGAAAGAUAGGGCAGCUGUGUCUGAAAUGGCUGAAAUCUACCCCUUGAUUUUUCUCUCCUUAAAGUUUGCAGGUUUCCUGUGGUGGCAUCACUUGUAUGGGGGAAACCUUUUUGUACCCAGUGCUUAAAUCAGUGUUGUGUUUGAAGGGAGAGGUUUCCAAAGAAGUGGCAUGUUAGGCUUGGUGAGGUUUCUAUAACCACACUGAAGUCCUGGCAGCUAAUGCAUACAGAUGCUCUUAUGAUUCAAGCCCAGUAAAUGCAGCAAAACCACUAAAUUUAUCUGUUGUAAUUUAAUCCAUUACUUUUCAGCAUAAUGCCAGACUUAACGUUAAAGUGCCUAUAUUCUGUUCCAUCAUAAACAUGGAACUGGAGAAUACUUUUAUGUUUUCCAGAAAUGAUACCUGCAUUCUUUAACGUGCAAGUUCUGGACUAAAUUCCUAACAAAAAGUUGCUUUCCCUAUUACUGGCUUGGGGGAAAAUUCUCCUUCAUACAAGACUUGUACUUAAAUUACCCACCCUUAUUUAUAUUUGCGACUGUAUUUUGACAGUCUAAGACUUCAUUGUUUAGGGCAGUAUACUGCUGACUUUCAGCUAAAAGAGGAUGGGGUGGCAUAAGUUUCUUGCUGUCAUUAACCUUUUUUAACCUAGUGUAUUAAUGGUUAUUGGUGCUUGCAGUUCAAGCAGAAGGUAAAUUUGGAAUGAAGUUUUUAAGCAUCCAGCAGUUGUAUUCUUUGCAUACAUUAGAAUUCAUUUGCACAACACUGAAGCAUGACCUAUUUCAUCUAAAUCUGUAAAAAAAAAUUUUUUUUUAAUAUUUUUCCAAUGGGAAUUAUAUUACAAACUAAGGUUACAUAUGUGUAGAAUAUAUUUAAUAUGAAUCUUAUAUAGUACUUAAAUAGAGAUCUUAUUGAUAUAUAUUGGUGUUUAGUGUAAGAUGGUCUGUAUGAAUAGCUUGCUAGCAGUUGAAACAGUCUCUUGCUGACAGGAUGUCUUGUACUUUUAAGUAAACAAACCCUAAUCAUGGACUCAGAUUAUUGUGUGCUUUUCUUUUCUUUUUUUGUUUUUUGAUCUCUUCAUAAUUUAAUAUUUUUUUUUCUGUGGUUAUUAUUGCUUUAAGGAAAUUCUUUAUAACAAUACUAGAUCACAAAGAGUAUUGUUCAUAAGUUUCAUAUAUGUAUAGCGCAAGGUUUUCAAACCAGUCUGUAAAUAGCACUAAUUCUUUUUUCAAACUACAAAUGGAAUAAUUCUGUAAACUAAAUAAAGAAUAUUGAAGUGAAUGAA